GCUACGCUUUUGGCAUAGCUUGUGGGGCUUGUGGAGUUCUUGAAGGAUUGCUUCCUUCGACGCUAUUUUACUAGAGAGAAACACAAAAUAUCUGCUGUUCUUGUGUUGUGUAGACACUUCGCUCAGAAGACCUCAAUUUCCAGCCGUUUUGAGCCAAGAAGGCACAAUCGUCGAGAAUUUCGCCGCUUACUGUGAUCUGUUUGGAAACAUGGACGACGUAAAAGUGGAACUCACUGAUGACGCAGCUGCGAUCACCGUGGAGGAAGAGUGUGGUGACUCCACAGCCGCUCCGGUCCCCGAGUCCGAGGCUGUCGAAGAUGACGACGUUCUCCCUACGGCACCUUCCACCGAUCAACUCGACGAAAAAACGUCGCCUGUCGUCGUAGACUUCACGGCUGACGAUGAAGAGGCGGCAAGCUGGGAAAAUGACGCGCCAGUUGUGGAAAGUGUCGAAACGGAUGAUGAUAAAGGGGAAACGAAAGGUGAUGGCACCCCAGCAGCUACGGAUGAGGAGGAGGUGUCGUUCGACUGCGAAUUGUGCAAGGGAACUUUCAAAGGCCAAAAUGAAGAAGCUCACGAGAAGACGGCUAAACACCAGAAGAUGCUGACACGGUUGAAGAAGUACGGCACGACCGAAGUCACAGCGGAGAUGCACACAAUUCACUGCCACAUCUGCGGGACAAUUUCAAACAGUCAAAACCAGCUGCAGAUCCACAAGAAGGGAAACAAACACCGAACGCGUUGCCAGAACCUCGGCAUCGACCCAGAACUCACUGAAGUGCCCGCCAAUGUACCCGCCAAGCAAGCUGGUGGACAACCAGCCCUGAGUUUGACGUGCAACGUCUGUAAAGUGGUCGCUAGCUCCAUUCAUCAGCUGAAUCAGCACUUAGCUGGCAAGAAGCACAAGGAGAAGAUGCGCCUGCGUAACGGGGGACAGGACACUAUGCAGAAACAACCUCCAGGGAAGAAACUCGAGACGGAAUUUGACGCAUUUCAACGUGCUUGGAACGAUAAAGAAAAAAGUUGGACUCAUUCAACAGAUGGCGCUGCACCGGGCCUCGCCUUGCAAUCGGGGCCAACGAACCAGCAGAAGGCUGCCCAGGAUGGAAGACCUGGAAACAAACGAGGACCCACUACAAACAUUGCAGCUGAAGCACCUGCAGCCAAACGUCAAGCUCCAGGCACAGCGGGAGCGGAAGCAUUGGGGGGAGUGGAGAUGUUCCACUGCAUGACCUGCGACAUAUUCCUCAACUCUCAAUUUCAGAUGAAUGAGCACAUGAACGGAAAGGUUCACGCAGAAAAGGUUAAGAACCCGUCGAAGAAGGUGUCUGCAGGCAGCCCUCAAGAUGCAGCAGCAGGAGGAGAUACAGGUGAUACUACAGCCAAACCUGCGAAGAAACAAACUCAGCCACUUCUCUGUAAAGAAUGCAAGCUGACGCUCAACUCUCAACAACAAUACGACCAGCACAUAAACAGUAAGAAGCACCAGAUGCAGGUUGAUCGCUUGGCACAACGUCGGCUUCAGCGUCAAAGAAAUCCGGGUUACUUUGGAUACAGCAGUCCGAACUUCGCACCACACAUGCUCAAUCCAGGCGGCGGACGUGGACGUGGUGGAAUGGGAAGAGGGAACAUGAGAGGAGGCUACAUGGCAAGGGGUAACAUGGGAGGAAGCUACAUGGCAAGAGGCAACAUGGCAAGAGGCAACAUGGCAAGAGGCAACAUUGCGAGAGGCAACAUGGCGAGAGGCAGCAUGGCGAGAGGCAGCAUGGCGAGAGGCAACAUGGCGAGAGGUGGCAUGGCAAGAGGUGGCAUGGGAGGAGGUAUUAUGGAAAGAGGGAACAUGACAAGAGGGCUUCUGCCUACAAGGCCACGUCCACCCCGAGGGAUGGGCAUGGGAGAUCAAGCAUACUCCAUGCCAAUGCGACCACGUGGAGCUCCAGGAUUCCCAAGAUCGUCUGGGCUCCUUGACGCCGUGCAGCUACAGGGGCGACCCGCACCCAUGAAACCCCACUCGCCCCUCAUGGGGGGGAAUCCAUCGGGACGUUUCCAAGCCUCUCGGACGUACCAACCCGAUCAGCCCCAGGAGUUCAACGAGCCCACAUUUGAGCCACAAGACACGUACGAAGACGUGCACGACUCAGCAGCGUACGGCAACGCAGACGUCUACAGCAAUGCAGACGACACCGGUUACCAUAAUGUAGAGGACGACUACCAUGGUGAUGGGUACCAUGAUGGUGAGGGCUACAGCGAACCCACUGACCAUGGAGCGUACGACAGUAGUAGCCACGGGGAGAUGUACGAUACUGGAGGGCAGUUUGCACUGGGCGCUUCUGAGGAAAAAUUUGAGGAAGGGUACGAGUACGAGGACUUUCCUGCGCAGUCUCGUCCCAGUGGUAUCGAAAGGUACGGGGAACGCAGGAGCGACCUGAGGCGCACCGAGCAUGACAUGGCAUGGGAGCCCUUCUACUAGGCUGUACCCGCAGUGUGCAGGUACCCGCAUGUAGGUGUACCCGCAUUGACUUUUCGUCUCACGAAAGCUGUUUUUAAUGUCAUCUUGUCCAAGUGGGCUGGAGCCGUAAAGUUUCCGUAUUCAACCGACGCCCUUCUAGCAGAGUGCAAAGCAUUCAGCGAACACGGCGACACUGAAAUGAUACUGCUGGUGAUAAAUCAAGAUUGAUUUUUACUUCAUCACACACCCGAGAACAUGUUUCAUGAGACGCCUUGCAGUGGAACCGCAUGUGAGAGGCAUUUGAACAUGCGUGUAUCGAGCAGAUAUGGAAAGCACACACUCAUGCUCUCAGAGUUUCGUUUCUAAACACUUGCGCGUGAAGUUUUACUCUGUGUGUCAAAGUUGAAUGUAAGUGUUUGUAUGCACUUUUUGAAAAUACAUCUGUGCACCAUAUGGUCAA